UCCCCCCUCCCACCACCCCGCCCUCGUCUCGUCCUUCUACUACGUCACCGUAUGUCUCGUCCUUCUGCCCCGUCGCCGUAUGGAUCGUCCUCCCCCCACGCACAUCUCCACCCUCACCACCACCUGUUGUCAUAUAUAUAAUUGUACACAGCAUAUUAUUGUACAUGGCAUAUUAUUGUACACAUAUAUUUAUUUUGGAAUUUAUACAUUUUAAUGUGUUCACUUAAAAUAUUUGCAAAAAAUAUAUAAUAUUCUGGGAUAGAAUCGAACCGGUAUAUGUACAAACUUAACCAAACAUAUUUUACCCACUUCGACUCUAUCCCAUUGAGAGAUAUUAACAAAACUGAUAUAUUUAAAGAAAUAUAAUAUGGGUCAUAUAAAAACUAUAGUUGCUCAUUUGCAAAGAUCUAUAUAAUAACACCACACCUACUAGCGGGUGGCGCCACUAAACAUUUUCGAAAAUCAGAUUUAAAGAAAUAUAAUAUGGGUCAUAUAAAAACUUAUUAAGGUAGAUGGUCAUUUUCAAAGAUGCAUAUAAUAACAUGACACCUACUAGCGGGUGGCGUCACUAUACAUUUUCGAAAAUCAGAUAUAUUUAAAGAAAUAUAAUAUGGGUCAUAUAAAAACUUAUUAAGGUAGAUGGUCAUUUUCAAAGAUCCACACCUACUAACGGGUGGCACCAGUGCCGCGCCACUAUACAUUUUCGAAAACCAGAUACAUUUAAAGAAAUAUAAUAUGGGUCACAUGAAAAACUAUAGAUGCUCAUUUGCAAAGAUGUAUAUAAUAACACUACACCUACUAUCGGGUGGCGGCACUAAACAUUUUCGAAAAUCUGACGCCACUAAACAUUUUCGAAAAUCAGACGCCACUAUACAUUUUCGAAAACCAGAUACAUUUAAAGAAAUAUAAUAUGGGUCUCAAUGAUCAUUUUUGAAAACUAAUAUCAAGAUCGCAUUUUAAGAAAAAGACGGGUAUUUUUCAAAGUAAAAAGGUACACCCCCUAUUAGUGGGGUUGUUAGGUACAUUUUACGAAAAGCAAACAUAGUUUUCGAUUAUUCAGUGUUAUAUUUACCGCGUACAAGGCAGUACAAGAUUUCUUCAGCUAACGAAAAAUUCAACAAGUCCAAGCUGUUAAACAUGACGAACAACUACAAUGAAUUCGAUAUUCAAGAAAUAAUCAACGAAUCGCCGAUAUUCCCGUCAUCAAUGAUAGAAAGUACGACUAUUCCAUAUAGUCCCAUAACUCCACCGGAAGCUUUUUCCCCUGACAUGUUCCCGUCAUCAAUGAUAGAGAGCAUAAAUGUUCCAUAUAGUGCAAUAACUCCACCGGAAGCUUUUUCACCUGACAUGUCCCCAUCGCCAAGCAUGUUACACAUGCUUCCGUUGAAGACUCCUUGCGAGUUUCACAAUUUGAUUAUCGGGGUUAUUAAACAAUGCGAGAUCAAGUCUUCUUCCUGGGGUGACGAUGAGGACGAAAAUCACGCGCUGAAUAUGGCUAUGGAGCGGUAUGAAAAUACCAUCACCGCCGCUUCCGACGACGACUGGGGGGGUAACGAAGAAGAAAAUGUUAGGUUAAAUAACCUUAUGGAUAUUUAUGGUAUUUAGGAAUUGUAAUACAAACAUUUUUUUCAUUUAUAUAAUUGACUUAUUAUUUUAACUUAGUAUUUAAAUAUUUCAAACAUUCUGGUUAAAAUAGUAUAUGAAAACGGUUCUCUACGAAUAUAAACCUUGCCAUUUAUUGUUACAAUGGGUAAUGUAUUAUGCGAUCGCCAUAUAAUGCAGGUGUUUUUAGGUCGUCCCAUAAGACGAUGGUCAUUGUCAAGGACACGCACCCUGUUCGCCACGCCUAUUGCGGGUGAGUAUGGCUCCACCCUAUAACAUAUUGGCUGAGAUAAACAAAUAAUAUUUUAGUAAA